UCCAAAUGCGAAGUCGUGGAAAGCGCAGAAAUGAGUCUCUAUGCACGGGGUGGCGGUCAGCCUUGUGAUACUGGCGUCAUGGAUAUUGAUGGCGCAAAGCUCAGUGUGGAGUGUGCGACGUGUCUGCGCUGGGACGAUCCUGCACUUCGUCUGAAUCAUUGA